UGCCCCGCCCUGCACUGCCCCGCCCCGCCCCGUCCCGUCCCGUGUGGUCAAGUCCAGUCCAGUCCCGUCCCGCCGGGCUGAGGAGACCGCGGAGACCAUGAGCGACCCGGCGGUGUGCGGCUUCCUCACGAAGACCCUGUGCGCCCGGGGCGGGCGGCUCGAGCUGGCGGAGCUCCAGCAGCACAUCGGCCUCUCGGCGCAGCAGCUGGAGCAGACGCUGGCGGCGGCGGGGCCCGAGCGCUUCCUGGUGCUGGGCGGGGGGGACGCCGCCGCCGCCGCCGCGGGGGUGCUGGCCCUGUCGGCCGUGCGGCUCUGCGUGCGCAAGGAGUGCGGGGGCUGCGAGCGCCUGCACCUCUGCAAGCUCCACCUCAUGGGCAGGUGCAACCUGGGGGCCAGGGCUUGCAAGUACUGCCAUGACAUCAACACUGCUGAGAACAAAAAAGUCCUAAAGAACCAUGAGCUGUCUGGUCUCAAUGAGUAUGAGCUGCGAGUACUGCUUCUCCAAAAUGACCCUUUCCUCCUCCCUGAUGUAUGCCAAUUUUACAACCAAGGGAAAGGUACCUGCGCCCAGCAAAACUGCAACAAGCUUCAUAUUUGUCGACACUUUCUCCGAGGGGAGUGUAGAUUUCUUCAGUGCAAGAGGUCCCACAGCCUUCUGAAUGCCCAUGAGUUGCAGGUGUUGGAAACUAGUGGGAUCGAUUUAAAGACAGCUUCAAACUUCCAGACUAUAUGUGAUCACAAGCAUGUGGAGUUCAACAAGGAACUGAAGAAGUGGAAAAGUCCCAGUAGCAAUGUACCUGGUCAGACCCAACAUCAGCAGCCAAAAGGCAGGGGAGGUAGAGAUGAAGGUAAAAAAGAUGAUUCCUCUGCUAAAGAUUCAAAGGACAACAAAGUAGACAAGUGUGAUGAGAUAUGCUUGUUCUAUGUCUGGAAGUACUGCAAACAUAAAGAUAAAUGCAGACUGGUUCAUUACCAUUUGCCAUAUCGAUGGCAGGUACAUAACGGGAUCACCUGGAAUGACCUUCCCGUGAUGGAGGAAAUUGAAAAGGCGUAUUGCAACCCAAGAAACAGCAGCAUAGCAGAUAAGAACAUUAAUUUCCAGACAAUGACCCUCGGUGGUUCUUCACUUCGACGCCUUUCUACACCAUCAUCUGUGACAAAACCCACAUUUGCAUUGACCACACAGUGGAUUUGGUAUUGGAAAGAUGAUCGAGGCGAGUGGACUGAAUAUGGAGAACAAGCGAGUCUGUGUUCUGGGGAAGGAGGUAACACGAACUCACCAACCUCUGAUAUUUUUGAGAAUUUAUAUCUAGCAGAUCCAGAUGCCACUAUAUCUUUCCAGGCUGGCUUGCAUCAUUAUGAGCUCAAUUUUAAAGAAAUGACCCAGACAAAUACCCAUUUCAGAACUCGAAGAAAGGUCUGCAGACGACCGAAGUUUGUGUCUUCUGAAGAUGUGGAGAAGAUAAAGAAAGGACAAAAGGAUUCUUCUAUUCCAAAUCAAAACUGUCCUGCCCACUGGGAUCAAUCUGCACUACCUGAGUUAGGAUAUAAGACAGUGGAGAUCACUAAUACAUCCUCUGAAUACAACAGAAUACGGAUGAUGUUUGAGAAGACUAUGAAAAGCUACACUGUCCAUAGAAUAAGGAGGAUUCAGAAUCCAUCCCUCUGGAAAGUGUUUCAGUGGCAAAAGGAGCAGAUGAAGAAGGAAAAUGGAGGGAAGGAAGUAGAUGAAAGAUUGCUGUUCCAUGGUACCAAAAACUCCUUCCUGGAAGCCAUCUGCAAUCACAACUUUGACUGGAGAAUUUGUGGAACCAAUGGAACAAUCUAUGGAAAGGGAAGUUACUUUGCUAGAGAUGCUUCCUAUUCCCAUGAAUACUGUCAACCUGCAGUGAAACCAAACGUCAUGUUUGUGGCGCGUGUAUUGGUUGGAGAUUUUGUUGAAGGCAACGCAAGCUAUGUUCGUCCCCCGCCCAAGUCUGCCAGUACAUUUCGGUUUUAUGACAGCUGUGUGGACAAUGUGUUAAAUCCCUCCGUUUUUGUUGUCUUUGAAAAAUAUCAGAUUUACCCAGAGUAUCUAAUAGAGUAUAAGGAGGCAGAAAAAAAAUGUAUCUUGUCUUAGAGAAGGAUGAGGGCAGUUUGUAUCCCUCAUCUUAUUUUCCCUGUUCCCCAUGGGUUCAUACUUAGUGACUUCUUUUUUUUUAAUACACCUCUUUUGACUGUUUAUCUGAAGAACUUCCAUACUGAAGAGGGCUGGAAAACAGAUGUUGUAUUUAAGAGACUUAUCACCUUGUCUUCUCCUCUUCCUUGCCCAAAUCUAAUAGACAUUUGGAUAAACACAGCAGAAAAAUCAGAAUCAUGGGAUGGGAAAAUUGAAUUUUGUGACUUUUGUGCAAAUAAUUGUAAACAGUUUCUUGGAAAUAGGUAAAGAGGAUUUCUCUUUACAAACAGGUUUGGUUAAGAGCAAAACUGACACUAGGGUAGUUUUUAAGCAAACUCACAGAUUUUUUAGUGGUUCUCAGGUUCCUGUAGUGUUUUGCAAUGUUCAGCGCUUUGUGGAGUCCUGAAGAUUCUUUUCAGUGCAGAAUAUUGCUGUUCUUGAUGCUCUCUUCUGUCACAAUUCUAAGCAUGUCAAAGUACUUAAAAAUGAUGUGACUUAGUUUUCAAAACGCUGUUCGUUAAUGGCAGUAUUAGUUUCAAGUUUAAAAUAGUAAAACAAAAAAUAAAAAGCUUCUUUUAAACUCAUAUUGUAUGUUCUCAAGUAGAGAAGUUUCAAUUUUCCAGUGGCAGAUACUCUUCAGAUUAGAAAACUGUUGGAACAAAUUCUUUUUGCAGAUCUACAUUAACUUGCUCUGGACCUUUAUAGCAAUAGGAGAGCAGAACUGAAACUGUGGAAAUCACAGUCUAUGAAUAAGCUUGUCCGAGAAUCUGCUGGUCUGGCUGCAGCUAAUGGCCAUAAGCAUGUAAAGGCCAUGUCACAGUACGGGCCAGCCUUUAAAGUAAAUGUGACCGCAUAUUUUUCUCAAUGUGAACAAUUUCUUAGCAAAUGCUGUAGGACAGGAGUAACAUCUUAAGAUGAAUUGAUGUUUUCUGUCCUAUGUGUAUACAUAAAUUUUCAUUUUCCAGAAGUAUUAAACGACUGGAAGAGGUACUGAGCUAAUAGUUUUUCCCAAGUGUAGUUCCUCUUGUUGUUUUGAGCCUGUUGUGGGUCAUCCUGGAUACAGGUUGUCUGUGUCUGGAUUUAGAUAUACUUAUUUUGCUUUGUUUUCAUGAGUGAUGUGCAACUCUACUAAUGGUGGUUAAGCCCUUUUUUUAAAUUGUUAAAUGCUUUUUCUUUUCCCACAAAGAAAAUGUGAUGCAGAGUUUUUACUGAAUCAUAAGUUCCCUCGAAUUGAAGACCCUCUGUACAAAGAUGAUUUCCCUCUGUCUUACUGAGGCAAUCCAGCUGGUAAGAGGAAAAUUGUUGCUGAGGGCAGAAGAGGAGUAAUUUUUGCUUUCGGAUAAGUUUUUCAGUAAAAUGAGUAGCCUCCCAGUUAUUUCUAUCUUCAGCACAAGUCAGUAUAACACAUAUACUACCCAAAGUUCAUGAGUUAUAAAGAGGAUGGGGAAGUGUAUAAAAGUAGGAAAACUUAUUGCAAUAACUGUUUUAGAACUAAAUGAAAACAUUCAUCAGUAAUAACAGAAAAAGGGGAAGAUUUUAUUAUAUUUAAAAUCUUUCAUUUUCACUUUGUCUGUGGAGUUCCUGCACCACUAUGAGCUCUGCCAUAUUUGCAAAUAAAAUGUAUUGUCAGUCACUUUUACCUGGUUAGUAUGCAGUUUGUUCCUUAUGUAAACCUACAGCACAAUUAAACAGACUUGGUGAACUAGCCAUUUAAUACA